CACAAGCGCCGACUAUUGGUUGCCAGCUCGCUAGGAAGACUGCAACUGAGCUUUCUCCGUCUGGUCUGUUGAGAGUGAAGAGGAGUUCAGCGUGUGCGGAGCUAGUGGAUGGUUGGUUACUUGCUGACAAGGUACAUACAUACAUAUAUCUCUCUGUCAUCCGUGGGGUUUGUAUGUAGACACGCCCUGUAUGAAUGUGAAUGUAUAUGCUUCCAUCCACAAACUAUUCGGAACCAGUGUGGACGGCGUUCUCGCAGGUUGCUUGAUUUCUCGCCGAGACAUAUGCAUAAUAAUCCAUCAGUGAACGGGGAAAUAAUCCAAAGCAAGCAAGAAUAUGAGGAGGCCCGCAGGUCUAAGGCUCGGCAUAUCCCAAAGAAAACAAUGGGUAAUUCGAGUUUGGUGUGUUGCUAAAUCAGCUGGCUUUGCCAAGGAAAAAAAAAUACCCCGGUGUUGCUACUUCUAAGUCGACUGAGAUUCUCUUAGAGAAGCGCAACUUUUGGUGAAAAAUAAAAUGUAAGUCGCGCUAUUUCACUAAAUUGAAAAUGCACUCUUCUGAACUGA